AUGCCUUACACGCCACCCUCACAUCGAUCUCCCGCUUCGUCAGCCUCCGCAUCGCCCGUAGCGAGUCGGCGGUCGUCGCUACAAUCGAGCCCUCGACCUAGUCUGCCGCGAUCCGCUUCAUAUCUUACAAGGCAUAGACGAACACCUUCAGCUUCAGCCCUCAGCGAUGGAUCGACAGGGACGCUGACACCGCAGGGAACAUCGGAGGAUCUCAAGAGCAUGGGCACAGCUGUUCCUUCAAGCGUGAGACAAUCACCACCGCCCGUCACAGACGAACGCACAAUGCCCAUGGGUGCCAUCAUCUCGCCACCUGAUUCUGCUUCCUCCGGUAGCGACGACGAGGAGCAAGAACCACAAAUUCGAGGUCGAAAGCUUGACAAGGCUCUUCGGGACGCUGUCAGCCAGAUCCCCAUGCCACGUUCAUCAUCUCCCCCACGAUCACAAUUGCAGCACCAAGACAGCACAGAACAUCUCCAGCUCCGCCGCAAAGAUGGUGUACAUCUCAGCUUCAGCACAAGCGCACUGGGCGAUCUCGCAAAGGGCCGUAAGAUGGGACACGUUCGAUCAGCCACUGAGCCAAACGCUGGCCUCUCCAAGUCAGACGAUAACUCGAUAUCAGUAUCAGAGGAGGAGUCUGAUGAGGACCUGCUCAAGAAGCCUCAGAUGGUGCGAAAGAAGUCUGGUGAACUAGUCCGACCUGCCCUCCGUCCUUCUUCCCGACGACGCCCCUCAAGCAUGCCCGGUACCCCCAUCUUCUCCAAGGCUGUUCACUUUGAUUCACACCUCGAGCACGUCCGACACUUCUUACAAGUGGACCGACCUCUGGCCGUGAGUGCUGGAUCUUCGCCAAUUGACAGCUACGAGAGUGAUACCGAGUAUCCCUUCCCUGGCAAUGGCAAGCAGACAGCCCGCACCCCUCCUUUUGAGUGGGAGAUCCUCACCACAAACUUCCCUCACGACUCAGCCGCACGUAAGUCGUCGCCAGUUCGACUGGAAAAGGUUUGGCUCUCGGCCGACCAGAAGUCCCUUCUUGGCUCUGUGGCUGUCGCCAACAUCGCCUUCUCCAAGGCCGUUACCUGCCGUUUCACCCUGGAUUACUGGAAGACCACAUCGGAGGUUGCCGCUGACUACAGCCACGAAAUCCGCCCCCGGGAAACACCGCUGGGUCAUGAUCGCUUUACUUUUUCCAUCAAGCUUGCUGACACGGCCAACCUCGAGUCAAAGACACUCUUCCUCUGCAUCCGCUAUACCGUCAACGGACAGGAGUACUGGGACAACAACAGCAGCUCUAACUUCCAGGUCGACUUCCGAAAGAAGCAUCUGCCUAUGAACGGGAAGAACAACUUUCAGGGCGCUUCUUCCCGACCCGCUAAUGGCUUCCCCGAGUAG